AUGACCUGUGUGACCUGGUUAGCUCGUACCAGAACCUUGACUGUAGCCCUGGAUGUGAAACCUUAUACAACUGCAUUCAACCAGCCAGCUAGAAGAAUAGACCGGCCCUUACCAAGCAAAAUGAGUAGCAAGUUUGAUUUUAAGAGCAUCAGUACAAGCCAGACGUCCACUAUGGGUGAUCUUCAGAGAGUUCUCAGUCAAGGAGAAUAUGCCCCUUUUACCUCUGCUCCCAUGUUUGAAAGCAAGUUUGUCCAGGUUAAUCGAAGAGGGGAACCGAUUUAUGUCCAUAACCGACCCAACUGCGUGACCAUAGGCAUCUGCGCUGCCAGCCCAAGCUCGCCAAUGCCCAGUGCGAUGCUGCUAGCGCAUGAGGUGCCUGUAUCCCCACCAGAAAGUACGACCAGUUUCUGGAAAUUCUCAGAGCAGCCAUCCCACACAGAACAGUUAGCACUCACCAGGUUCUUUCCCUUGAAGUUUGUAAAGCUCUCUGUCCACAGCAUAGACAAGCAUCACCUCAAGUUAAAGUUAAUAAACGGCCGUUCCUACUAUUUGGAGCUCUGUGCCCCCCCAGACCAGCAACACCACCUGUUCCAUCAGUGGUUGCAGCUCAUCUCUCUCCUGAAAUCCCCAGAAAACACUAGCAAUACCGAAGUCAAUGUAUUAUAUGAGAAUUUUGGCACAAGUCAAGAGAAAGCUCACAGCCCAAACAAGCUGCUGGAAAACACGGACCACACACAAGAUGUCCACAGGCCAAAAACAGAGGAAGAAAAAGUUAGCAAAAAAGACUCCUCCCAGCAAGUUCCCCUCUCGGGUAUAGCGGGCCCCAGUGAAGAGAGCGGAAGGAAAGAGGUGGCCUUCCAUAGCUCCCUGAAAGCAACAAGGCAAGGAACCACUACGGAGUCAAAGAAUAAAGGUCAUCUGGAUACAAAGAAAAGUAAAAGCAUAGAAAAGAGAAAAGCUAGGGCGCACUUAAUGCUUCUCUCCCUUCUUGCACUUCCGAUCUGCCGGCAAUUCCGUGUUUUGGAAACUUUUGUCUCUGUAAAGAGACCGCCGGUUUGUGGAGCUUCGCAGGAUUAG